UGAGUCAAGUAUUUGCCAGGCUCGGGCCACCGUUAUGGUUUACGACGACGCUAACAAAAAAUGGCUCCCGGCUGGUGCUGGACCCCAGACCUUCAGCAGAGUCCAGAUCUACCACAAUCCCGCCAACAACGCCUUCAGGGUCGUAGGACGCAAAAUGCAGACGGACCAGCAGGUGGUCAUUAACUGUCCAAUCGUGAGAGGUCUCAAGUACAACCAAGCCACGCCCAAUUUUCACCAGUGGCGAGAUGCUCGACAGGUGUGGGGGCUCAACUUUGGCAGCAAAGAAGAUGCUGCUCUGUUUGCCAACGGCAUGAGUCACGCUCUGGAGGUUCUCAACUCUAUGCCAGAUGCAGGUUACGCAACCCUCCCUCGUCCAGUGUCCAAUGGGCCUUCUCCAGAGGAGCUUGAACAGCAGCGGAGGUUGGAGCAGCAGAGAAUUGAACAAAUAGAGCGAGAACGACAGGAGAGAGAAAGACUGGAGAGAGAAAGACUGGAGUUUGAGCGACUGGAGAGAGAGAAACAAGCGGCUCCAGUCUUUAUUCCCCCUGCUCCACCAAUGGCUCCCGGGGGUCCCGCUCCUCCUCCAGCACCUCCUCCACCUCCUGGGCCUCCCCCAGCUGCUGGCAUCCCCCCUCCUCCAGGACCUCCACCAGCUCCACCACUGCCCGCUCCAGGCGGAGGCGGCGGCAGUGACAGUGGUGGUGGUGGCGGCAUUGGCGGUGGAGCAGGAGGCCUUGCAGCUGCCUUAGCUGGUGCUAAACUCCGCAAAGUGUCCAAACAGGAGGACGGAGGCACCACACCUCCAAUCGGCAGAAACGACCCCAGCCGAAGCAGCACCGCCUCUAUCGGAGGAGGGGGAGGUGGUUUGAUGGGUGAGAUGAGUGCCAUUUUGGCGAGAAGGAGAAAAGCUGCAAACACUGGAGAAAAGCCGCCACCCGUUAAAACACAAGAUAACGAUGACUCAGACUCUCAAGGUCAAGUUGAAGCGCCACGAAGACCCUGGGAGAAAUCAUCUAUGGUCAGGAAUAACUCCAUCCCCAAGAGCAUGGACUCCACCCCCUCAUUGUCCCAGGUUUUAAGGACAAAGGGAGCUGGGAACAAUAACGACUCGGGAGGAUCUGAUGACUCGGAUUUAGAGAAACUGAAACAGGAGAUUUUGGAGGAGGUGCGAAAAGAACUACAGAAAGUCAAAGAGGAAAUUAUUGGAGCCUUUAUUCAGGAGCUUCAGAAGAGAGACACGUAGUUCCUUGGAUGAUAACAGAGGGUGUCUGAUCUCGCUGGGACCUCCACUGGGACCUCCACCGUGCCCUCGUGUAGCCCAGGGAUCUCUCUUUCUCCUAAAAAAGUUUUCUCUUAUUCUGUGUAUCUUCCACAAAUACACACGCAUUUUUGUUUUUUUUUUGCAUAUUUGCAUCAAAACUUCACAUCAUCUAAAUGGUAAUCAAGCAACCUCCUCACAUCAUAACCCAGCACUCCAGUUCAUCAUUCAUUUCCUCCUUAUUUAGAGCUUUCCUCAGUCUUUGCCAUAUAAAGAGGGAGGCACAGUUUCAAUUUGCUGCAAAAAAAUCCUGCUACCUGUGUCCAUCCGUUGGAGUAAUCUUCACGAUUCAGGGAAAAGUGUUAACUGUUUUUCUAUGAUUGCAAAAUGCUGGGAUCUUUUUUUUUUUCUUUCUUGUGACAAAAAUGUUUCAGACACUUGAGUUUUAGAAGGUCUCCUUAAAGUAGAUGCCAACUCUCGAGGAUGUUCUGAGAACUUGUUCACCAUUGCCAUGCAUCAAUAUAAAAGUGGAUAUACAACCUAAGCCUUCACUGCUGUAACACAGAAAACGCUAGAAGAGGAGACGAGCAAAAGGGAAUCUGAUGGACGAAGCGAGUGCUGUGAAAGAGGAGAGUGUGUAGUUUUAUUAAGUGUGACAACUGUACUGUUUUUUGCAUUGCACUCGAUCCAGAGGACGUGUCUGUCACCCGACCAGGACAGGCUUUUCCCUCUCACUCAGACGAGAUAUCGUUGGCUGUUGCAGUGGUCCUACUGUAAACUGUGCUGCCAUUUUUUUUUCCUUUCUAGUUGUGUUUCUCUAAUUUUGAGACUUAAAAACGGCCAUGAUGUGGUCAGUUAAUUUGGCCAUGACCAAUUGCCUUGAGAAUAAUAUGAAAUUAUAUAUAUAUCUAUAUAUGAGGAAAUAUAUAUAUAUAUGUUUUAAGGGAAAAACAAAUUAGAUGUUCCUUUUUUUAAUUAAAAUAACUGGUGAUUGGGGAUUUAAUUUCUGACAGUUUUCUUAUGAAACGUUAUUUUUUUUGGGUUCUUUUUUUCUAAUAGUAUAGACUUUUUACACUGAGAUAUAAAGAAAACAGCUUAGAGACACUGGAUUAGAAAUGCCUUUAUAGUCAAAUACAGCUGCUUCCUAAAAUGCA